AGAUAAGUGUUUUCAUCAAUAAUUUCAGGUGAAUAAAAUCGAUAAUUUCCACACAAUUUUCUCAUAAAAUGAACGCUGCGAAGUUCUAAUAUCUAUUUUAAUAUGUAAUUAACAACUUUCAAUUAAGUGACUAUUCGUUUGAUCUCAGUAACGCACCCAAUUUACGCAGUUUCCAUGACUCCGCUGGAAAACCGUUGAAAGCGUCGAAAUGGAUGAAGCUUCCUCUGCAACUGAUAUAUCGUCUUCCUUAUCCGAAUUUGUUCGCAAAGAGAAACUACUCAAGGAAUUAUACCAAGAUAAACCGAGGAGUGCGAAACCUGUGGAAGCGGAACGAUUAAAAUAUAAUGAUGAAGAAAUCGAUGGAAUUUUGCAACAGAUGGGAAGGUUGCUGUCUCCUGACGGAGAAGAUGUGGAUAAUUCUAUUUAUAAACACGUUAUGGAGGAAACUGAAAAUAAAAGUAUAGAACAGAUAUUGAACGAAGCUAAAGAACUGGUUAAAGAGUCGACUCCGAUAUGUGAAAAUAUUUCUCCUUGCUUUAGUACUGAUGAUUUGUCUUCCGAGUACCCUGAAAAUGAUAUUACGUUUAUUAAUAUUAAAACUACUACCGACGAUGAUAUGGAUUUCAAUGGAAAUAAUUUCGGAGAAAGUACCGACGACGAUGGUAUCAGAUCAAGAUUGAUUAAUAAUGUUAAUAAGCUGAAUAAUUAUCCGAAGAAUACGAAUAAAGCCAAUAAAGGAAGUCUUAUACCGGUGAAAAAUUUUCCAGAUUCGAAGAAAAAAUCAUUGAAUAUUCUUCAAAAUUUAAUCGUUUCGAAGAAGAAAAAAAAUAAAAACGAAUAUUCCAACGAAGGCGAAGUUGAAUUUUUGAAAAAAGAAGUCGAUCGUUUCAAUCAACAAUAUCUUGCGAGUAAAGAAGAAUGUAAUAAUUUGAAAAAAGAAUUAUCAUCGUUACAGAGAAAAUGGCAAGAAAGAGAAGAACGUUUGAUAGAAGAAUGUAAACAUCUGAAACAAGAAUUAUCCAGCGUUUCAUUGCAGAAAGUAAAAACCUUGCAGUCUAAAUUGAACACAGCCAACGAGAUGAUCAACAAACUUAAUGAGAAUUACAGAAAUGCUACCGAAGAAUGGACAAAACGUGAGAUGAAAUUGAUCGACGAAUGUAAUCAUUUGAAAUACCAAAUCACAAAUACGCCAAAGGCGAUCGCACCAGAUGUCGAACGAAUUCAAGAACAACUCAAAGAUGCUCAGGAAAUGAAUUUAAAAUUGAAAUUUGAUUUCGAUUCCUGCAAGGACAAAUGCGUCGCAUUGGAGCAUUUAUGCGCCGAUUUGAAAAAAGUCAUCAUGGACGAGCAAAUCGCUGAAAAACUAUACGCCAACGAUAACAUUCCAGCCACCGUUAAACAAUUCUUAUCGUCUUCUUCUUCCUCCGUAAUCAACACAUUAUCCCACGUGUUUGGUUGCCUAUCCAAGUCUUCGGCGAGAAAUCGACAUCGCGAUGGUUCUUUCCGAAAAGAAUUAUUUACAACGAACGAAUCGCUGAUGAUAAACGAUCUAUCGCGAACGUUUGAGCACAACGAAAUCAUCAAAGAAUUGAUCAAAGAGAAGGAACAAUUGAAGAAGGAGAAUUUAGAUCUGAAUCGUCAAGUUAAAGAACUCGAGCAAAUAGUACGACGUCGAGCUCAUCCCAAUUUCUCUCAUGUUUCUGACAUAAUCAAAAGCAGCGAAUCCAAACAAUACGAGCAAGAGAGUGAAACCAUUAAAAAUUUGAAAAAAGAGUUGCUCGAUAAACAGCAUGUUAUUAUGGAUCUGAAAAAUCAACUCGUCGAAUCUAAGACAAAAUACGACCAAAAUCUCCUAAAUUUACAAGGAAAAGUGGUAAAUAUUCAAGAAGAAAGUAUCAAGUUGAAAGAGGAGCUGGACAAGAAAAAACACGUGCCUGUGAAUCACGGUCCUAAAUGUAAACGCCGCGGAAGAACCUGCGACCCUCCUCCCCCUUCCGUUCGUAACUUCAGAAACGAAUUAUCUGCGAAGGAGCGCGAAAUCCAAGUUCUUCAUAAGCAGCUAGAUGAAAUAAAGAAAACCAAUAGGAAACUUGCCAAAGAAAGGGGGCAAUACGUAUCGUAUUUAUCUUCGAAAGAACAGUCAGCUGAUGAUAUACAUUUCAGUAGAAGAUUACCAUCGGAAGUGAAUAGUGAAAUUAAUUCUCCUGACAAACCAACCGGCGAUUUCAUAUGCAGGAAAAAUUCUCAUGUUGAAUUCCAGAACGAUUGCAACGAUGUUGACGUAGUUGAUGUACAGAAUAGCAAGAAUAUCGAAGAUACGGCUAAAUUGAAAUCGACGAAUAUUGACCAAAAUAAAAACAGUAUUAAAUGCGAAAACAAAUUAAGCGCAGAUAUUAAAGACCCAAACGAUUACAAAUCGCUUUCGGACAAACUUAUUAAUUUGGAAGAAAAACAUCAAAAUCUGCAACAAAUUACCUGCAACUUGUUGACCUUAUUCACAAAGGACGGUAUGGAAAACAUGCAGAACAAAUUACCCUCCGAUGAAAAAGCACUGGAUCAACGAGAAGAAUUACAUCGUUUCGUCUCAGCGUUGAAAGAGUUUUCCACUUAAUUUUAUAGAAGUAAUUUUUAAUUAAUUUUUUUAUAGUGAUCUAGUCGUAUUUUUAGUUACAUAAUGUUACAAAAAAAUAGGUACCUACUUAAUUUUUUGCAUUUAUAUAAUAGAUUUAGCGUGUAAUUUUUGCUCAUCAUGUUUUGAUUUUUUGUUUGAUAUUUCACUGAAAAAGUACUAUUUUGUUGCGAUUUUCAUUUCUUAUAAGUAAUUGUAUCAUGUUGCACAACUUUUUGCCGUCCUUAAGGCUUGAUUUUAUUGUUAAUUUAUUUUAUUGGAAAAUGCCAAGUGGCGCUAAACUUUCUUUCUGUCCUUUGAAGGUUAAAAAACAUUUUGUGUACCGUCCUAGACCUUGAAUAGCUUUCAAUUUCAAUUAAUUUUGUUACUUUAGUUACAUUUUGAAUAGGCUGUUUUUUAGCUUCACACCGGUGAAUAAAAAUGUUGGAAGAUUUGA